CCGUGCAUGCGCAGUGCGGGCGCCUGGUCCUGGUCGGUCGGUCGGUGACCGGGAAGCGGAGGAGGAGGAGGAAGAGGCCGCCGGAGACCCGCCUGAGCAAGAUGGCGGACGCCGGUCGGCCGCAGCGGAAGAUGUCACGGGCCGGAGAGAGUUUGUACUGCAUCCUGGGCCUGGAGAAAGGGGCUUCCUCUGAGGACAUCAAGAAGGCAUACAGGAAACUGGCUUUGAAGUACCACCCGGACAAGAACCCAGAGAACCCCGAAGCCGCGGAGAAGUUCAAAGAGAUCAACAACGCCAACACCACCCUCAGCGACGAGAACAAGCGGCGGAUCUAUGACGAGUACGGCUCCAUGGGGCUCUAUGUCUCGGAGCAGUUUGGGGAGGAGAGCGUCAAGUACUACUUCCUCAUGUCGAAAUGGUGGUUCAAGCCCCUGAUGGUGUGCUGCAGCCUCGUCACCUGUUGCUGCUGCUGCUGCUGCUGCUGCUUCUGCUGUGGGAAGUGCCGCCCCCCAGAGGAGGAGGAGCCCUACAAGUACGUCAACCCCGAAGACCUGGAGGCCCAGAUCCGUGCCGAGAAUGAAGCAGGCGGCGGAGAGGCCAUCCGGAUGCAGCCCACAGCCAGCGCCUCCUUGCACACCACAGACGAGACACAGCGGCCGCCCAAGCCCUGACCCAGUUCAGCUGACGGUCAGAGCACAGCCCCCCCUUUUCUGCAGCCAUUCCAGAGACCACCCCCAGGCCCACAUGACUGAGUCAGGCCUGCCGCUGCACUCUGGGGCAGAGAGACCCCCACCCACCCACCCUGGGGGUCCUUGCCAAAUGCAGGGCGACCACACACCUGACCGACCGCCCCACCGUCAUUGGGAAUCUGCUCAGGGGACGUUGCUGAGGGCACAGCAGAGGCAGAGGAGGAGGAGAGCAACUUCCAGCCUCGCGGGAAGCUGGCGGGGACCAGAGAAGUGGCCCCCCUCCAAUUUAGGGCUGGCGGAAGAUGUCGCCCGCUGCCAGCCCAUCCGCUUUUUCCAAACGCUUUCUGACCCCCGUCUUUCUCCUUGGCCAAAGGCUCCUGCUUCCCAAGGCCAGGCAUCUGCUGUGGGCAGGGCUGGAGGCUCCCUGUUGAAGCUGGCUCUCUCCUGCUGGGAGGGGGGGUUGUGGGGCUUCCCACCUCACUGGCCCUGCCCCCCGGGAGCCAACACUGCUCCCCUUCUGCCCUGUGCAUCGGUGCCAAAGUGCAUUUGUGGGGCCAAUGCAAGCGAGUCCCUGCCUCCCUCCCUGGCUGGUGGGUUUGGGGGGCUCCCUCCCCCUCUGCCCUGAGCUGCAGCUGCUCUGGGUGGAUUCAAUCACUGUGCGGAAGGAGCCUGGUGUGGUUCCCCCCCCCCAGCUCCCUCCCUGGCCCUGCUGUGGGGAGCCCCCUCUUGGGCAGGGCCCCUCUCUCCACACUGUGAUAAGGAACUUCUCUAGGCUUUACGGACACAAUUAAAUGUUUCUGAAGGAA